UUCGGUGUCGGCCGGUUAAGUUCGUGACUGCCGGGAAAAAAACGCGGGAAAUACAGUCUUGAUAAGAAGCCAAGAAGGAGAGACGUGAUUUACCGAGCUCUGCAUUUUUCUGCUGUUCCUGGCGUAUUUUUCACCUUCAGACCAACAUGGUGCGAACCAAAGGUAGCAACAGUGGUACCAAAGCUGUAGCAGCGAAGGCACCCAGGAAAGCUCUUGUCUCGGCACCCAGCAGUAACUUCACACCGGGAUCUCCUGCAGGUAGUGGUGCCAGUUCCAAGUAUGCAGGAGGUAACCCAGUGUGUCCCAGACCAACCCCUGCGUGGCAGAAAGGCAUCGGGAACUUCUUCAGCCAAGGGGUCAGCAAGGACAACAGAACACCUCAUGACGAGGGCCAGGGCACUGGAACCAGCUCAAGUGCUAGUAACUGUGUGGCGGAUAUGGACGAAGGCAUCACAGAGGAAGACUAAAACUCGGAGAUAGUUGUUCAUAAAUAUGCUAGAUUAUUGCCAACUUGGCAGCUACGUGCUUGUACAAGAUUUGUGCUCCUCAUUUCCCAUGGCUGUCUAUACUUAAAAAAUGAUACAUUAGGUUGAAGGGAAUGAAAAAAGCUGUAUGUACCAACUACCUAGUGUGUUUUCUGAAAAGCUUAGCUAACUGUGGGUAUUCUGGUGUUUUUCAUUGCUUGGCCACAUGCACUGAUUGUACAGUAAGUUGGAUUUCAAAUUUAUGUGUAUUCUAAGUAAUGAAUUCUCUGCAUCAAAUUCAAAAGUUUGGCUUGAGAAUUAUCUUGUAACUGUAAAGAGUACAGCCCAGUUAUAUGAUAGGCUGACUUUAAUUUAGGUCCCCUAGUAUUGGAAAAGUAUAUUGAGCAUGUAUUGAAGUGUGUAUAACAAACCAGUAUUUUUUUCUACAUCUCAACAUAACAAAAUUGUAAUACAUGUACCGAGUUUCCUUGACCCUACUGUAGAAACAACCAAUGAUCUAACUAACUUAAAUUAGGUUUUUCUUUUGUAAGAACUUAAAACUGGUUGCAAAGAUAAUGCGGUUAUUGUGCAGAAUAUGGCAGUGUUCUUGUAAGGGUUACUGAUAUAAUAGUGAUAAGGUCAGGUAUCCAGGUAGGAGCCAUUCAGAGAAAACCACAAGGUGGUGCUUUACAGGUCAGGAUUCAUGUAUGUUUCACUUGGCUGGCCAUUGCACAGCUGCAGAGGUUUCAAAGAUUCAUAACAUAAUUUUACAGUAAACAAUGCUUCCAUAGACAUAGUCAUUCGGUGUACAAGUUAAUUACAACAGGUAAAAAAGCCUUCAGCAAAUGGGCACAGGGAUGUUUUAGAAGCACUUGCUGGUAAUGAAAUGGGACCACUAUUCUGGAAUCAUUUUGUGAUUGUUAGUUUAAUAGGGGACAUAUUGAAAGGUGGAAUGUGUUCCAUGUCUUUUUAGUGACAGGAUUGUGCUUCUGGUGUUAACCUAUAUUACAGUACUAGUUUGGAAUUCAAUAAAUAAAAAUUAUACAUUUCUA